AUGGUCGAACCGCAACGCCGCGGUUGUAUAUGUCCCGGUGCGAGGAGCAAUCAUACCAGGAUGCGAACGAUGGUUUUGUUGUCACCAACUUACACCAUACAUUAUAAUACGGUUGAGAGCUUCGAGGUUGUUACCGGAGGUAUAGUGGGGCGUCCUAUAUUAAACCAAGAGACACCAAUAUCCGGCUCACCCUCACAAUCGCCAACAUCAUCACCCAAUGCCCCUACUACUGCUGCUACUACUUAUACUACCGCGCACAGUGCUACCAUUUCUGCUGCCCAGCACCCUCCGAGACAUAGUCAACCUACACAGGCAGUCUUGACACCAGACAAUAACAGCUCUGAGAUAUCGACACGUCGUGGGACUCGUAGUGCUCGUAGUGCUCGUACUACUCCGCACAGUGCUACUACUGCUGGUAGUGCGCAGUCUCGUACACAGACAGGUUUAACGGGACCACCAUUGCCUCCACCUGUUAUACUUCGGACAAGCGAUAGAACUCGGAAUACAAAUACUACUCCGCACAGUGCUACUACUGCUGCUACUGGCAGUAGUGCGCAGUCUCACCGACAGGUAGUCAUACCAAGUGCACCUACUAUGUCUACUACGCAUACUACGCAUACUACGCCGAAGACUCGGAAAAGAAAGCGUCCGGCUAGUAGUGGUAAUCGUUGUACUAGCAGUGCUGCGAACAGUGGGAAUCGUGAUACUACUAGCAGUGCUGAUACUACUGAACCAAUCCUAGUUCAUGUGCCUGAAAUUUGGAAACAUGGCUUUUAUGAUCAAGACACUGGCGAGUUUACCCUCAUUAGCAAGGCUGAAAAUGAAGCAGCGCAUACGUUUGAAGAUGAAGCAGCACAUCCGGUUAAAGAUGAAGCAGUAAAUCCGGUUGACGAUGAAGCAGCACAUCCGGUUGACGAUAAAAUCAGUCUAUGUGAUGAACUAAGUGAUCGCGAACGCAGUGAAUCGAAUGAACGAUACAGUAGUCGUGACCCAAGUGAUUCUGAUAACAUACUAUAUACUUAUCAAAGCUUUUUUUAA